AAAUUCCAGAAAUGACAAAAUCCUGUUAAAAUGCAAAAUGGCGGAUUGCGAUGCAUGCCCAGGAUGCGGAGCAUCAGCUCAAUCCUUUUCUCAGAGGUUGAUAGUAGAUGACUGCGGACACAAGAAAUGUCGGAAAUGUCUACUGGUCGAAGAGUCCUCCUGUAGUCAGUGCUUUAUUCAAAAUGUUCCAGAGGCAGUUCAAACCAUCCAAGAUGAACGAGACCUUCACUUGAGGUUCCAGGAUACGCAGUCAGAUACUUCGACGUCAACAUACGCAGAACAGUACGCUAAACGCAGGUGUCGCGAGAACUGCAGUCAAGCUAGCAGUAUCCCUACCCUGGCCUCUAUAAAUACAGUUAUUUCGGAUAAGGAUCUUGAAUCUCAAGAAAGAGAAGUUCUCGGCAAAAAUCUUUCUUUGUCAGCUGAAAUAAAAUCUCCGGCUCAUCAUGAGUUCCUCUUUCGGCGGCCGAGUAGCCGGCCAAGUUCGAUAGGAUCGCCCGUCUCUAAUUUACAAUACUCUAAAGGAUCUUCGGUAUCCAAUACACACAGGUUUGAAGCCAAGAGAACAUCUGUUAUUGUUCACACUGGAGCCCAACCACCACCCCCACCGGCACUCCGAACCACCCCUGAACCAAUCCAAUAUGGCCGCCGGAACUUUGACUAUGUUAAUGUUAUACCCAAUCACGCCCCAGCACAACAAGUCGUCAUUCAUCCCUCUUCCUACACGAAACCUUUUCAAGAACUCGCCCCUCCCCGGCCUAUGGACGAUCGGCCGGUUGAGACGAUUAUUCCGGACUGCAAUGCCGAUGAAUAUUCCGAUCUGAGUGAGCUCACGGGAAGAUCUGAGUUAGAAGAUGGAGAGCUAAAUACUGUUAAGGUGGAGAGGGUGUUCGAAUGGGUUGACGGGAACAUCAUCAACUCCUCCUCCUCCCCCUCCUCAUCCAGUGAGAUUUCUCUGUGUGAUACCCCGAGCAGAAGACGAGAAACAUCCAGCCCUUCUUUUCAGAAAACGGAUUUAAAAAAGAAGAUUAAUCCUGAACAAGAAAAUCAUGCAAAGGAGGUAAUACAGCGCGGGAAACAGCUGAGCAGAAACUUCCUCUCCGAGAUCAGGAAUGCGUUGGACGUUGCUGAUGCUAUCCCAGACCAUAUAGUAUCCAGAGAUAACGAAGCUGGAAAUUUGUUUCACUGCACAACCUGUUCUAAGGAUUUUAAGAAAGGUGCUUUGCGCAGACAUCGGAAUUGUGUGCAGGAGACUGGGUUUACGUGUAGUAUCUGUUCCCGUGAGUUUAAGACCUCCUCCCAUCUUGUUUAUCAUACAAGAUCACAGCACACUGGAGAACGUCCUUUCAAGUGCAAUACAUGCUCAAAAUCUUUCUUCCAGGUUGUAAAGUUGAAGCGCCAUAUUCUUGUCCAUACCGGUGAACGUCCAUUCUCUUGUGAUAUUUGCAGUAAAACGUUUAAAACUAAUUAUCAUUUGAAAGAACACAGGAAUAUUCAUACAGAGGAAACUCACCAUCAAUGUGAUAUUUGCAUGAAAACGUUUGCAGACAGCAAUAAUUUCCGACGGCACAUGAAGUGUAUGCACGGGGAUUUGAAGAAGCAUGUCUGCCGACUGGGAAACUGUAAAGUCUCUUUAAAUACUAAGUUUGACCUGAAAGCCCACAAGAAAACGGUUCAUGGACCCACCCAGCCAGGGUCCUUUGCUUGUGAUACAUGCAACCGUAAGUUCACGAGUAAACGGUUUCUGGAAAGACACAUGAAAACACACAGUGUGGCGAAGUUUGAAUGCAAUGCUUGCCCAAGAUUUUUUAACAGCCAAGAAGAACUAAAAAAACACAAAUCCACAAUUCAUUCUAACCCUCGAUCCCCUUCAGACGAUCGCCAAGCCGAUCCCUUAGUCGAUCCUUUAGCAGGAGAUCUGAAUCCGGAGAACAUGGACCAGGAUCCGGAUGAUCCCGAGCCGGAUGAAUUCGAAGAGUAUAGUAAAGAAUACCCAUCCGGGUCGGUUAAACGUGACGAAUUUUUCCUUGUUAACUUGCAACCUGAGAAACCUGAGAAUUUAACUAAUAUCGAACCAAGAUCUGAUAACUUAAACCUAGAAGAGACUACAUUAGAACAUAUCGAACCAAGAUCUGAUAACUUACACCUAGAAGAGACAAGAUUAGAACAUAUUGCAAAGAAGACAAGAGUAGGCUACACUGACGACACAAGAUUGAAUAAAUCUGGUGGCACAAGAUUAGAUCCGAAUUGCGGGCAGAGAGGAUCAAACUUGAACCAGGGAUUAGGGAAUAAUUAUCAGAACUUUAUGCUUCCUUCAAUCAACCAACUCACCCUUACACGACAGGAUGAACCUAUGCCCCAGGACGAGUGUUCAGCUCCUCCGAAGACUCCGAGAAACCCGAUCCAUCAGCUCUGCAUGGAUUUGAGUAGGGAGGAGAAAAUCACCAUUAAGAUACUCUACCAAGCAAACAGAUUACCGAUUCCCGAGGAGCUCCUUGAUGUUGAGGAACCCCUGGAGGAGGAUGAGAAGGUGGAUGAGAAGGAGGAGAGGGUGGAGGAGGUUGAGGAGAACUUGAACACAAACCUUGAUCAGUCACAGACCGGUCAACAAACUCCAUCUCCAACUAAGAAAUCUAGGAACUUUUCAGGAGAUGAAUUGGAUCCAGUAACGAGGAAGAUGGUUUCCGACGCAGGGAAGCUGAUCCUGUCCAGCGGGUCGGUACACAUCAACAUGAUGGACGAACAGAAGGAGGCCUUCCUUAAAGCUAUGCUCAAGAUAUUACGGAAACGGAAAUUCCAGGAGGCCCCGGUAACAAACACAAACUAAGAAGAAUUUAAACAAGUAAAUCACUAGAUCGGAAAAUUAUAAAAUUUUCAAUUUAUUUUUAUAAGAUUUAUUCAUGUACUGUCAAAUCCCAGUAUCAAAAAAUCUAGUCCGAUUCUUUAAAAACGUCAUAAUAACCAUUUUUUAAAAAUCAAGAAAUAACCAUUUUAGUCUGCAAUAAUACUUAGAUUCUCUAUCGAAAUUGCCAUUAACGCUAAGAAAUUUGAAUCAAAAUUCUAAAAAUAUAGAUUUUU